AUGAAUUAUGAUAUACGUUUUAUUAUUAAUUAAUUCUAAAUUAAUUUCGAAUAAGUAAAUGAUGUAAUUUAAGGCUGUUAUUGUAUUUAUCUUAUUGUAAGAUUUUAAGAAUAAGUUAGUGUUUAUUAGGGGAUUAGUAAUUGUGUUUUUGAUAUAAUUACAUAACCAGAUACCGAACAAAGAAUUAUUGAAUAAAACUUAAGUGGUUUAGGAACAAAAAGUUAUGGCUGGGGAGUUUGGACAAAAUAUGAAUCAGGAUAUGGAAGUGCUGAAUAAUUAAGUUAAACAAUAACAAGUAUGCAUGUUUUAACAGAAAAAUAUGCAAAAAGAAUUAUAUUAUCAUAUUUUAUUGUAAUAGAUAGAAAAAAAUUGAUAUUUUAUCAUCGAUUACUGAUACAACAUGGAGGAGUGUUGUAAAUUAAAGAAUUGAAAAUUCAUGUAGCUAUUGCCGAUAAAAAAUGGGUUUUUUUCUAUUUUUGUUUCAAAGAAGCAUUGAAAUCUUACAGUAUGUUUCUUUAUGUAGAUAAUGAUGUUUUUCAUGUAAGUAUGUCAGCAGGUGGACCUUUUGACAUAGAUGACUUGAUUAAAUAAUAUCAUUUGGGAUAAAUUAUUGAUGUAAAUAAAAUGCUAAUAGUAGGUGAUUAAUCCGUUCAAUGAAUCAAUAAAUUAUAAUUUAAAUGUAUUUAUAGGAUUGAUUAGCGAUAUGGAUUUAAGAACAGGAGAGUCCAAUUAUUAUCCAGAUAUCUAAUCUUUUCUAGAUAGUUUAGAAUCAGUUGAGUGUAUAAAGGAAUUGAAAUGUUCCAGUGUAAGUAAAAUGAUAAAUUUUGAUAAUUCAAUCUUUAAUGAUUAAAGUACUCGUAUAUUAUCAAAAUUGAGAUACGAAAACUCUCGCUUUUUGAUUAGUGGAUGGGUGAGAGUUUCCCAUGUUCCAUUAUAUCAAUAGAGAACUUCAGCUCUAUUUAGAAUGACUUUGAAGAUUAAAUAUGAAGACGAUCUAUAUUAUGGAGAUAGAGCAUUAUUUUGGUAAUAUUUGUAAAACUCAGAUUAACCAGAUUCAUCAGGAUUGAUAGUGACUACUUAUCAUGAAAACGAUCCUUUUAUCCCUUAUAAAACAAAUCAUAAUGAUAUGAUAAGUUAUUUGAGUUCAUAUUAUAGUAAGGCAAUAACUGAAUGGCAUUGGUUUAUUUAUGAAGAAGGAAGGAAUGGAGUUAAUAAUAUUUAGAAUACAAUUUUUUGGGGAAAUGGGGGUCACAAUAAAAAAACAGAUGUAAAUUAAUUAAAAAAAACUCAUUUGAUUGAAACAACUUUAUUUAUGACUCUAGGAGGAGAUAAAUUUUAUAAUUUUAUUGGGUAAAUCUAAUAGAUUGAGUUUCAAUAUUGCCAUAACAACGAUAUUUAGUAUUUUAUAAGUAUGAGAAUUCUAUUUCAUAAUAGAAUGUCAUUAUAGUUGCUCAAGUUGUUUUGGCCCCUUAGAAAUUCAUUGUAUAACCUGUCCAGAUGAAGAAAUUACAAAUCGAGAGUACAAUCCAGGUUAGAGUAGCUGUGGAUGUAAAGGUUCUUAUGUUGAAAAUGAAGAUACUCAAUGCGUUAGUAAUGAAUUAUAAUAUAACUUUUAGAAAGCCAAGAAUAUUUUUAAGAUAUUACUAUUUUUGAAGGUGAAGAUUCUAAUUUAAUUGCUUGUGGUUUAGGUUAAUUUUAUGUUUAAUUUGGGUAAGUAACUUAUUGUGCUAAUUGUCCAGGUAAUAGGGAACCAGAUUUUAUUAAUAGAAGAAAAUUAUUUUGUGUUGAUUGUCUCAAUUAAUAGUACACUUGGUAUUCAAAUCCAAUCUGUACAGAAGAUUAUGAAUAAUUGAUUUCAAGUAUAACUAGUGCUUAUUAAAAGAAAGCUAGAAUACCAAUAGAUUAUGAGUAUUUUCUAAUAAAUUUCAAUUCUUAAAUAAACUAAAUAGAUAUAGAGCUUUGUUAAGGUUGUUUAGGAGAGACAACUGCAAAUUCUAAUUAUAUUGUAUAAUUAAAAUUGGAUAUAGAAAUAAAAAUUGAAUGCAAAACAUGUUAUUAAAUAAUAGAUGGAGAAUGUAUUAAUGUAAAUAACAAUUGUAACUCUUGCAAUUCAGAUAAAUGUAUAGAAUGUUAAUAAGGUUACACACUCUAUUAAAAUUAUUGUUACAAAUGUCCAACUAUUUGUCAAAAUGAUUGUUUAUUUAAUGGAUCAAAAUUUGGUUGUUUAAAAUGUGACUUAGGUUAUUACUUAGAUACUGUAAAUAAUGAAUGUUUAUAAUGUGGAGCUAAUUGUCUAAUUUGUCAACCAGGAAUACCAAUAGAUGGAGAUUUUGUUCAAAUGUAAUGUUUUAAAUGUAUUGAUAACAAAGAGUUUUUCAUUGAUGCUGAUCUUAUUAAUUGCAAACCUAAAAAUAUGCCUAAUUGUAUUUAUUAGUAUUAAGAAUUCUCUCAACGCUCUUUAUUUUAGAAUGAUACUCAUUAAUAUAAAUUUUAAACUAGUUUAGACCUUAAUUUCUCUAAGCCUUCCACAAAAUAUUAUAACAGAUGUGCACUUUGUGAAAAAGGUUUUGUCUACAGGUUGCAUGAAUUCGAAUAGGGUAAGGAUAAAUGCAUAUUAUAAUCUAAAAUUACUGAUUAAGAUUUCCCUAACUUUAAUUCUCUUCAGAUUGCUCCUGAAUCUGAAGAUGAUCAUUUUUAAAUAAUGCUGUUUCAUUAAAUUUCAUACGAAGGUUAUCUUAAAAGAAUUUUAAUGAUACUUGGAGAUUAUAUGACUGCUACAUUAAAUGGAUAAAUUUAAAAUUUACUGUCAUCUGUAAUAUAGAUAGAAAAGUUAAGAGAAGCUUAGAUGUAACCUCAUAAUAGGAGAGAGAUUUAUUAUCAGAAUGUACUAAAAGUAAUUGCAAACAUUGUAUCAAGAAUUAUAUUUGGUUUAAUGAAUACUGUAUGCUCUGUUAUUAAGGAUAUUAUGCUGAAAUUUUCUCAGGUUAAUGCUAUUAGUGCGUAGCUAGUUUACAUUGUAAAACAUGUCAAUAGCAACAUAAAGUUUAUAAGGAUGGAUGGAAAUGGGAAAUAAGAGCAUAUUAUCGUGCAAGAACUUGUGCAAAUUUUUGUCAUACAAGUUUUAAUUCAAAAUGUGCCACAACAAAUUUAGAUGAUUAUGAAGUGUAUUGUACAUCAUGUGAAGAAGGAUAUUAACUAUAUAAUGAAAAAUGCAUUCCAAAAUGCAAUUGUUCUAAAUGUAUUAUAUAGGAUGAUCGAUAUAUUUGUGUAGAAUGUCCCUCAUCUUUAAUAAAUACCAAUUAACCUAUUCAAAUUUUAAUCAAUAAUAAAUGUACUGAAUGUCCUGCUAAUUGUGCUUUAUGUAGAGAAUUAAAUGAUAAUGAAAUUAAAUUAAUUAACCCUUACUUUAAUCCAUAAUAUAGUCAACUUGCUAUUUAUUCAAAAUCUUGUAUUAAGGGUUAUGAACCUGAUAAAUUUUUGAUGUAAUAUUAAUACAUAUAUCGUGACCCAAUAUUAAAUACUUAGAUUUUAUGUCAGCAAUACUAAAAAUGCUAUUAAUACUUAGAAUAAGAAUAUACAAUUUAUUGUAGUCAAUAUGAAUAUAAUUAUGAUCUUGAUUCUGCUAUUAACUAAAUUGCAUUUCAAUAUAAGAAUAUGGCAUUAUCUCACUUAUUUUCUGAAACUCAUUUCUCUAUUGAAUCUGAAAAACUUUUUAAUGAACUCAAUAAGAAAUCUAUAAAAUCAGCUAAAUAUAUUCUGAAUUUUAAAUAUUUUAAUGAUGACCCUUGUAUUAUUCCCCCUGAUGCUGUAAUCUUUUCAAAUCUUAGAAGAAAUGUCUUUACUCUUCAAUAGUUAGAAAUUGUUCUUAUAGGAGAUAUAUCAAAGAAAACUUUCAUUCAGAGUACAUUUUCUCUUAAAGAUUUUACUAAAAUAACAAUCAAAUAUUUUUUAAUUGUCAAAUCAACAAAACUAAGUUCUAUAAGUAUUAAUUAGGUUAAUAGAGUCAGUGUAUAUCUUGAAAAUCUCAUCAUUUAGGAUUCAGAUACAUAUAGAUUUUAAAUCUAAAUCAAUGAUCCUUUAAAUAUUAAGAUUAAUAAUUUUUAAAUUAUAAAUUCCAAAAUAGUUGAUACUUAAGGGAUUAUUGCUUAUACAUUUAGUAAAAAAAUAACUGAUAGAUUUGAAUUUUUGGCAAAUAAUAUACAACUUUUGAAUUCUGAAUUUUAAAACACCUAAAUAAUUGUUCAAAUUUUAUAAGAUAAUUGUAAUAAUUAAAUUCAUGAAAUCACUUAAAUAAAAUCUAUUAAAAAUAUAUUUAUUUCAUCUUCAUUAUUUGAAACAUAUUUUCCAUUAUCAUGGAGAGAGUCAAGUUUUAUUAUUAAAGGUUUUUAUGCUGAUAAAGAUACUUUAAAAAAAAUCUGGUUAUGCAAUUUUAUAAGGUGCUCUAAAUGUACUAAUUUAAGAUUUGACUAUUCAAAAUAGUGUAUUUAAUUAAGAUACAAGACUAUUUUAAUUAUCAAUAUUUGUCAUUCAAAAUUUCUUAUUUGAAAACAAUAGUCUAUUAAGUAGUGAUAAUAGGGUUAUAACCAAUAAAAUUAACAUAGUGUAUACUGAUUUGGAUUCUAUUACUUCAAACAUUUUAACAUUAAAUAAUAUAACAUUCUAAAAUAAUACUUAUAAGAGUAGUAAAGGUUUCAUGGAAAUAAUUCAAAGUAAUAACUUUCGAUUUUUAGAAAUAAAAAUUACUAAUCUUACAUUAAUUAAAAAUGAUAUGAUAUUAGAAAUGGCAUCAGUAAUAAAUGCAAUUACUUUUGAAAAUUCAACAAUUUAUUUGGAUAUAACAUCAUUAUAAUUGACAAAUGUAUUCGUCUAAAGAAAUAUAAAUUUGCCUGAAUUUACUAUAAAGAAUGCUAAAAAUGUUAUUAAUUAAAUUACAGGAUAGUUGAUUAAAUAAUUUAAUAUUCUUCAUCCUUCAAAAUCAUGUCUUUUUUCUGUAGAUGAAAUCAAAUAAACUACUAUGUUUUUCUUUUUUAUUUUGAAUUUAAAAAUGUCAAAUGUUAUUAUAUAAAAUCUGACUUCUAUUAAUUUACCUUUAAUUUCAAUAAAAUCUAUUGAAAAAUAAAAUAAAAGAUAAAAAGAAAAUAUUACACUUUAAAAUUGUAAAUUUUUUGGAAAUAUCCUAAUGAUAACAAAGUUUUCAGAAUAAUUAGGAGUCUUAGUCAUAAUAUCUGAAUAAGAAUAAACAAUAGUUUUUUAAAAACUAUUGUUCGAAGGCAAUAUUUAACAUAGUUAGAUUGAUGAUAUAGCCUUUAUUUCAUCAACAAUUUUAUAAAUCACUCCAUACUCAACUAUUGAGAUGAAAGAUUCAAUAUUUAAAAAAAAUAUUGUUACUAAUGGACAAAAUUCUAAUCUUAUUUUAAUAGGUAAAUCAGUUUCUUUAAGGGAUACAUAGUUUAUAGAUCAAAAUAAUAUAGAUUUCCAAUCUUUUUCACAAUAUUUAAAUUGGGGAUUCUCAUAAAAUGAUUAAGUGUAUUUGGAAGAUUUGUUAGAGUCAUUUCCAAUUUAAUAUAAAGGUGGAGCAGGUUAUAUACAAGGUUCAGAGAUCAUAAUGGAUAAUUUAUUUGUUUAUAAUACUCAAGCAUUAUUUGGAGGUGCUUUUUAUAUGGUACCUUAAUCUUUUGGGUAAUUGAAAUUGAUGAAUUCUUUAUUUUCAAAUUGUAAAACUAUAACGACGAAUUCAGAGAGAUCUCAAGGAGGCACUUUGUAUAUUGAUUCAUCUUAAUCUUUAUUAAAUCUAUUUAUAAAGAAUACAACAGUAAAUAAUUCAUAUAGUCGAAAUGAAGGAGGAUGCAUUUAUAUAGAACCUUCUAGAGUGAAUAAUUCAAUUUAAUUUUCAGAUUUUAGUAUUGAGAAUAUAUAUUCCUUAUUGAAUCCAUUUUUAAGAAUACAAGUUAGCUUUACAAGUUCUUCUUUAUUGCUUAUUAUUCAAUUUUAUAAUGUCCAAAUUGUUAAUACUUACAGUGGCUAUUUAAGGUAUUUAGAAGAAAUAAUAGAUAUGAAACAGACUGAAAUAUUGAAUCAAAAAAAUAACUAUUUAAUCUCAAUAGAUUAAGGAAAUGUUACGAUGGAAAAUUGUUUAUUUAAAAAUAUCUUCAAUUAUGGAUUUUUGAAUUGUUAAGGUUGUCAAUUGGUAAAAUUCAAAAACGGAGAUAUUAAAAAUUUUACUAUUUUAUCAGAAGUCAUUAUUAACAUAACAUUAAAUAAAAGUAUUUAUUUAAAUAAUAUUUUUAGAAUUUUAUAGCAAAAUUAUAUUAAUCAAGGUAUCUGUGAAUAAUAUUAUAGAAUUUGAUGGGUCUGUGAAUGUUCCUUAAGAAAAUAUAGAGAUUCUUGUAAAUACAUUGUAUAAAUGCAUUUAAAAUUUCGUGAUACCAAAGACUAUAAAUGUUUUUUAUACUAAUUAGAAAAAAUAAAUAAUUUCACAUAAUAAUUUUUAUAGAAGAAUUAAUGGAAGAUAAUAGUUGAUUAAAAUUUUGAAGAUAGAUCAAGUUUCUGUGUUACAUUAUCCAUUUUUCUAAACUUUCACUAUGGAGUAAAAUUAUUGUUCAACAUGUGAAAGUAGCAUAUUUUAAAUUACAAAUAUUCAAAAAACAGACUAAAAUAAUUUGAUUUAUAUCACAUAUUCAACAUUCAAUAAUAAUACUUGUGGUAAAAUUGGUUGUGUUGUCGUUUCAUCUUAGGAUAUAAAAUCUAUUCAAAUAUAAAAUUCUAAUCGAAUUUUAGAAUCUGAUUAGAAUAUUAGUAAUAUCAAUGCAAAAGUGAAAAUUUUAAACAGUGGUUUCAUGGAAAAUACUGCAACAUAUGGAGGAGAUUUAUUAAUUUCUUAAGUCAAUACUCUUAUCAAUAAUUGUAUAUUUAACUAAAAUACAGCUAUAUAGUCUGGAGGAGCGAUUUACUAUUAGUAAUAUGAAGAUUCCAACUUACAUUUAUAUAACUCAAUUAUCACAUACAAUAAUAUCAAUAUUGGAGGAGGAUUAUACUUACGAAAUUAUCAAGUGAAUGAUCCAUAGACUUUGAAUAAUUAUUUAAGAAAUAACAAAGCUAAGAGUUAUGGAAAUAAUACGGCUAAUAAUCCAUCCUAAUUGACUAUUCAGAUAGGGAAAUAAUUACUUUAAAAAACAGAAUAAUUAACAAUAAUGAAUAAAUUGUAGAUUAAGUUGUUAUAAGUAAUUAUACAAUAGGUUCAAAUAUUUAUAAAUAUAUAAUGGUUCCUAGUGGACAAAUUGUGUCUCUCUAUAACUUUUUUGAUGAAAAUACUUAAAGUUUUAUUAGCUACAAUUUUAGUUUAAGGAUCAUCCCUUUAAACUAACAAGAUGAUAGAAUCAAAAACUUAAAUGGAUCCGAAUGUACUAUUAGAAGUCGUCAAAUCUUAGAUUGAUAAUAAGGAGAUUAUAAUUCAAGCCAUAUAAAUUUGA